AUGGCAUCUGCUUCUCCGAGGAUCAUUGGCUGCGAGCUAAUAACCGACUUUGUACAGCGACUGCUUGACACCGCUCACACAGACACACACCUGAUUAUCUGUGGCUCGAGAGACGGCUUCCUCGCCCAGCUAUCUGCCGUGAUUCAGUCUCAACAAGCACCAAAUCAUGAGCUACCUUCAAAAACUAUCGCCAUUCUGGCCAAGUCCAGCAAGAUCCAGCUAGCGUUCUGUCCGUCUCUCGAAAGCCUGCGGGCGCAUCUCGCGGUCCUGCUCUCUGCACAGAAUGAUGGACGGCGACUGUUGGCUAUUCUAGAUGCGGUGGCGUUACAUGCCUCGACGACAGAGUUCUCGGGACAAGGACUGUCGAGAACAUUUGCUACAGCUGUCGAGGCUGCUUCUCGAACUAACAGCGAGCUGAGACUCUGUGAAUGCUGCGAUGCUAUUGAUCCUACGAAUACCGACUGCGGACGACCGCUCUGGGACGCGCAUGUGCCCCUGUUGAAUGGCUCUGUCCGGAUCCGAGGUGAAGAGAGGGCCUGGGGUGGCCGAGGUGUGACCGUGAGACGGGUUGCUCAACGCUGGUUCGAGUUUGAUUGA